CAAGACAUGUGUAAUUAAUAUAAUUAAGAGUAAUGUGUAGGAUUAAACGUCUACAGGUGUGCACCAGGCUGGCAGCGGCAGAGGGUGUUCCUCACAAGGCAGUGGCACCUUCGAAAAGAAGCUCCUGGCACGGAGUUCCCUGCGUGUUUGUGAAGGUGUAACAUGGUACAUGGAUUAAAACAAAACAAAAUCAUGCAAACUGAGAGCGCCACAAUGGUUCCAGAAAAAGUCAGGCACCUUAAGCCUUUGUCGUUGUACUCUAGGAUGAACGUGCCUAAAGGGAACCCGGACAGUUUCCCUGAGCCGUUCAUUAAUUAUAAAUUUGAGCUUGUCGCCAGUGGUGCGACAAAGCGUAAAUUAGCUGAUUGCCAUCAGGAGAACAAUGAGAAUCUGGCAAAGAAACCAUUUCAAGCUUCGCUGUCGCUCUGCAGCCCUGCGCCGACACAACACUCCCCUCUUGUCUUAUCCCGGGCUGCCUUGUCGGCCAAAGCGCCAUCUGUCAAAGUCCAGGCCGAUGUCGCGUGCGAGUUGACCCCGAAACCAUGCGGACACGAGGAGGUGGAUCCUUGUGUGUUGAAGUGUGCGAUCUCAGGUCAUCAGCUUGCCUUUGAUGCUGAUGUCGAUAAACUCUUGUCCCUUGAUCCCUCAGACGUUAAUGGUAAUGUAAAACACGAGGAUGAGGAUAAAGGAUAUGUGUCCAUGUACCUGCAGCCCCCGCCUACCUGCAGCCCGGAGGAUCUUGCCUCUGGGCCUCUGGGGCCAACUCAGGUUUCAGGAUGCAGCGUCCCUCUCGCGAUGAAUCAAGACCUCGCUGUAGGCGGGUUGUCCGUGCAAUCGCCUGUCGAACUAUUGGGCGACUCUGUGCAAGGGGAGUGGAAUAUCGGCCCCCCCAUUCUGGAAUCUUCUAUGUGUGUGAAGGAGGAGCAUUGUAGUGUGAGCCAUGUAGGUGAGGAGGUGCCACCAAAUGAGACAGAAUCCCUCCUUGAGUGCAGUGCGCUUGAUUCGGACACUAGUUUCAAAGUCCAGGUGAAAUCAGUGGUGCAGAUUCCCAGUAAGCCCACGUCCAGCAGUACACCAGAUGCACCUUUCCAGAAGAAGAGGUCCAACUCAAAAAACAGUGGCAGGCCAGUUGUCUUCAAAACUGCAGAAGAUUGGACGCGAGAGAAAGGAAAAUAUGUCCAGUUAGUCCUUCAACACGUCAAUGAGGGUUCAGGUGCUCCUCAAGAUGCUGUCGGUGAAUUGCGCAGUUUGAUGGCACAUGUCGGCCAUGACGCUUCCGGAAGAUCAUGGCAGCAUCCAUGUGACCUAACAUGCAGGAACUACCAAGCACGUUUGGGGAGAGCUGUGCCCAAAAUGACCCUUCGCAAGUGGCAGGCCAAGAACUCCCACAUGCACAAGCGCUUUAACAAGACGCCGAAAAUAUUUCAAAGAAGUCCAGUUUUCUAACCAAGCCCUUUUAUUGUUCAAGUUAUGACAGUUCUUGUCUUUGCACUUUUUUGUUUGCACUAUUUUUCUAUGUAAACGUGUCGUGUUGGAGCAUUUCAUUAGCAUGUUUGCUGAUAAAGCCAUUUUUCACAGUUUAGGUAUUUUUAUAAUAGUCUGUUAAGUGAAACCCAGAAAUUGUCUUUGCUUCCAUACAUUUUAUUGGCUAAACAAGAUCACUUGUUCAUGUUGGGACCUUCACUCAGUUUUUUUUGUAUUAUUUCUGAACAAAAGUACAGUGAAGUGGAUUCAAUGUUUGUUCUGAUGAGACCAGUGUUUUCUCACUUUUUCUAUAUUUCAAAGUCCAGUUUUCUAACCAAGCCCUUUUAUUGUUCAAGUUAUGACAGUUCUUGUCUUUGCACUUUUUUUGUUUGCACUAUUUUUCUAUGUAAACAUGUGUCGUGUUGGAGCAUUUCAUUAUCAUGCAUGUUUGCUAAUAAAGCCAUUUUUCACAGGUUAGGUAUUUUUUUAUAAUAGUUAAGUGAAACCCACAAAUUGUCUUUGCUUCCAUACAUUUUAUUGGCUAAACAAGAUCACUUGUUCAUCAUGUUGGGACCUUCACUCAGUUUUUUUUAAUAAUUUCUGAAUAAAAGUACAGUGAAGUGGAUUCAAUGUUUG